CCUGACGACGUCUGGUCCAAGAGGCCCACAGCUGCCCACAGAAAGAGGAGAGACCUCCAGUCCCUAGUUCCUGUCCAGGAUGGAUGUCGUGAGUCUCCCGGUUGGAUUAACAGCAGCAGCUCCCAGCUGCCUGCCAAAACCAACAGACGCAGGCGCAACAAGGAGCUCUCCUUCACUGAGGUUCUGAAGAACUACAAGCUUCUACCUGAUUCCCGGCCCAGCAGCCCAGAGAGCCUGCACCAGCAUGAGAUGAUGAUUCCUAGAAUCCCUGUCAGCAUCACUAGACCUGAGGGGAGGCCUAGCAACCCUCGACGCCCCACAAGACGGCCUGUUAGACCAGUUGUCCUGGUCCAGCCUGACGUACAGCCUUCCAGACCUGAGGGGAGGCCAAGCAACUCUCGACGCCCCACUAGACGGCCUGUUAGACCAGUUGUCCUGGUCCAGCCUGACGUACAGCCUUCCAGACCUGAGGGGAGGCCAAGCAACUCUCGACGCCCCACUAGACGGCCUGUUAGCCCCGUUGGCCUGGUCCAGCCUGACGUACAGCCUUCCAGACCUGAGGGGAGGCCAAGCAACUCUCGACGCCCCACUAGACGGCCUGUUAGACCAGUUGUCCUGGUCCAGCCUGACGUACAGCCUUCCAGACCUGAGGGGAGGCCAAGCAACUCUCGACGCCCCACUAGACGGCCUGUUAGACCAGUUGUCCUGGUCCAGCCUGACGUACAGCCUUCCAGACCUGAGGGGAGGCCGAGCAACUCUCGACGCCCCACUAGACGGCCUGUUAGCCCCGUUGGCCUGGUCCAGCCUGACGUACAGCCUUCCAAACCUGAGGGGAGGCCAAGCAACCCUCAAUGCCCCAAUAGACGGCCUGUUAGCCCCGUUGGCCUGGUCCAGUCUUAUGUACAGCCUUCCAGACCUGAGGGGAGGCCGAGCAACCCUCGGAGCACCACUAGGAGAAAAGUGAGGCCCAGUAAUCCUGUUUGUCCCGUUAUUCUUGAGUCCCGACCUCCCAGUCCUGUGAGCAUCACUACCAGCAUUGUGGACCUAGUCCAGUUUGAGUCCUGUCCUGCUGUGAGUCUGGUCCAGCCUGAGUCACGUCCUGCCUGCCCUCUGACCCUGGAGGAGCUGGCCCUUUCAGAGUCAUGCAGCUUCAGCAACAAUGUGUUUGUUCUCUCCAUGCCGAAAGCUGCCCAGCCAGAGGAGGCUGCAAGAGGGAGCAGCAGCGCACCCAGGGACAUCAUCAGGCCUGAAGCCUUCGUCCAGACAGGACCCCUGCUGGCCAGGAGAGCCCAGAGGGAUGCUCCUCCUCCAAAGAAGCUCCCCAAACCCCCUGUGGCCCCCGGCCCAAACUGCUGCCCUCCCUGGGCCAGGGCAACGUGUCCCUUGUCAGUGCCAACGCCUGGGAUGAAAGGACCAAGAAGAAGAGAAAGAAAGGAGUCAGAGUCCAGAGGUCUAGCCUGGGCCUGAGACAUAUCCCCG